UACACGCGAAGAAAGGCUGAACUUAGCAGAUCGACAUAAUGCACAAUAAAAAACUUUCAAAUAUCAAUUAAAACAGGUGAUACUCCAAAAGAAGAACACUUGAAAUCGCUCGGACAAAGAUGGGCAAAUACAUCGGAAGACGAAAAGAUGGUCUUCCGAACAAAGGCAAAAGAAGUUCGGGAAGAUCCCUUUAAGGGAAUGUCACCAGACGAGGCAGCCAAUAUCCAAAUCAACAUAAUUUCAAAUUCGUGUGCUUUGUUACAUUCCCUUGGCUAUGAAAUAGCUGCUAUAGCAGCAAAGGAUAAUGAGCCUUCACAUGUGUUUGGUUCGCCAAAAGGUUUGGAGUUCAUCCAGGGCGCUAAAAUCCAGAAUGACUUCAGAGAAUCAGUGUUCGGAAACAUUGUAUAUGUUGAUGUUAAAAAUGAAAAAGAGACCAAGCAAGAUCUCUCAGAACAAGUGAGGAAGAUUUUCAAUUCAUGCUGGGCAUCUGUCAGUUCCAAAAAGCAAGCGGUGCCGUAUGGUUCCCUUUUUAAAAGAAAGGAAUUUAAAAUGGAAGGCUUACCCGAUGGGAUCGAGUUUAAAGACCCAAGUUCAUAUGGAUUGGCCUCUCUGAGGCUAAUAAUAAGCCAUAAAGAUGCCAUCAAGUUUGUGAAUGUUAAACCAGCUUCAUCAACAUCAGCUGACGUUUCAGAUUCUCCACAUUUACUUCUGGCAAGUAAUUCUAUUAAUGCCGUAGAGGAAGUAGAAGGAAGUGAAGGAAAUAGAAUACUUACAGAUUCUGUCCAUUUACGGGCAAAUACCAGUGACCCCAUAGUGGAUGAUGGUACUGGAAUACUUGCAGAUUCUGUCCAUUUACGGGCAAAUACCAGUGACCCCAUAGUGGAUGAUGGUACUGGAAUACUUACAGAUUUGAGAAAUGUUGAAAUGGAGGAAGUAGAAGGUGCGCCAGAUAUUCCAUUAGAUGUUCUUGAAUCAUUGGCUGACACGAUGGGGGAAUUUAUUGAAGAGGAGCAAUCUGUUGCUUUACCCAAAGAUGAGAUUAAAAUGAAGUUAGAAUCGGGACUGUACCCAGUUGCCAGAAUAAUGGGCAAGAAACGAAAAGGAAGGAAACAUUUAUAUAAAAUUCAUUGGGAGGGAUGUAAGGCAUCUGAAGCCACCUGGGAGCCAACGGAGAAUAUUCCUAAACCGUUACUAAAAUUGUACAAUAAAAAGUAGUUUAUUUAUGUAUGUAAAUAGGGAAUGCGUCAAAGAGAAAACAAUCCUACUAAAGACCAUAAAACAGCUGAAGGCCACCAAUGGGUCUUCUACACAAAUAGUUCACACUAUGUUCACUCACGUGAAAAUAUGUAACAAAUUAAGUUCAAAAUGCUUUGUGUUUGUAAGGUUGCUAAAAUGCAGUUUUUAUGUUACUUUUUUUCAAAUAUUAUCAGUCAAAAUAUGCAUCUACUAUUCUGUAAAGUUUUGAUUCCUUUUUCAUUAUUAUUAUGUUUAAGAGAUUUAUUAAUUUAUUUCAUUAUAUAUAUUAUAGUCUAUCAAUGUUUUUGCACGUGCAUUUUGUUUAGCAGGUACUCAAUAAACUAUGUAACAAAUUAAGUUCAAAAUACUUUGUGUUUGUAAGGUUGCUAAAAUGCAGUUUUUAUGUUACUUUUUUUCAAAUAUUAUCAGUCAAAAUAUGCAUCCCUACAAAAUUUAUAAAAAUAUUCUUUAUCAUUCUCCUUGAUUUAAAAGCUACGAUUAAUUAUCUUUCAUAAAAUUUUACAGGUAAAAUAAAAAUAAUUAUUAUAAUUCAGAAAAAAAAACUGUAAUUGUUAAAGCAACAAAACACCGUAUGUUUUAAUAAACCUUCAAUUAAAUUAAGGCAAACCAGGAUGAUACCGUUUAAAAAGGCUACACAUAGUUUUAUUUAUGUCAUACUAAAAUUAUAAGUCUUCUGAUUAAUCUUAUAAAACAACUUACACGGACAAAACAUUCUUUGAUAAAAGUAUUUCCUCAAACAGAACACGCCACUUCCUUUUUAAUGAAGGUAUUUUCGAAACUCGAAUGAAAACUUAAAUUACUUGGAUAUUAGUACCAAAUUGAAGUAUAUGAGUUGUACGCAAUUGCACGUUUAAUAAAAGAUUUUAAUUUCAGGCAAUUUUUAAUCAUUAUACUUGUUUAUAUUUCUACAUUCCUAAACAUAAAACUCAACAAUUUUUUUUUAACUUCUGUACAAGAAAAUCCACAUUCAGGAAACAUAAUUGUUAUUGGCAUGAAAUAACAUCUUCGAUAUUUUCCAUGAACUAUAUUAUCUUUUUAAUAGAUGGAAUUGUAUGAUGGAUACUUCAUGUUAGUCAUGUUUUUCAACUUCAAAGUGUACUUCUUUUGUUUAAUGAAGUUUUAUGCACUUGCACGUUUAACAAAAGAUUUUUAAUCAUUCUCCUUGUUUAUAUUUCUACAUUCCUAAAUAUAAAACUCAAAAAAAUUUUGUUUUAGAAAACUUCUUUAAAAGAAAACUACAUUCAGGAAACAUAGUUGUUAUUGGCAUGGAAAACACAUACAUGAAAUAAUAUCUUCAAUAUCUUCCAUAAACUAUAUUAUCUUUCUAAUAGAUAGAAUUGUAUGAUGGAUACUUCAUGUAAGUCAUGUUUUUCAACUUCAAAAUGUACUUCUUUUGUUUAAUGAAGUUUUAUGCACUUGCACGUUUAAUAAAAGAUUUUUAUUAAACGCAAUUUUUAAUCAUUCUCCUUGUUUAUAUUUCUACAUUCCUAAAUAUAAAACUCAACAAGACUUUUUUUUACAAAACUUCUUUACAAGAAAAUCACAUUCAGGAAACAUAAUUGUCAUUGGCAUGGAAAACACAUACAUGAAAUAACAUCUUCAAUAUCUUACAUGAACUAUAUUAUCUUUUUAAUAGAUGGAAUUGUAUGAUGGAUACGGUCCGUGUAACACUUAUCAAUUCAAAGUUUUAAAAAGUUUAGAAAUUUUAGAUUUUUGGAAUUUUGAUCAAAGUUUUAAAAUAUCAAAAUUUCAAAUUGUGUUAAAGUUUUGAAAUUUUGAAAUUUUAACCAAAUUAUUAAAAUAUCAAAAUUCUAAAUAUCGUUUAUAAAUUUGAUAUUUUAGAAACUUGAUCAAACUUUUAAAAUACUAAACCUAAUGUGAUAAGUGUUACACGGACCGGAUACUGCAUGUUAGUUAUGUUUUUCAACUUCAGAACGUACUUCUUUUGUUUAAUGAAGUGUUAUGCACUUGCAAAUUUAAUAAAAGAUUUUUAUUUAACGCAUUUUUUAAUCAUUAUAAAAUGUUUAUAAAUCUACUUUCCAAAAUAUAAAACUCGACAAGUUUUUUUUUCCAAACUUCUUUACUAAUUGUUAUUGGCAUGGUAAACACAUACAUGAAAUGACAUCUUCAAUAUCUUCCAUGAACUAUAUUUUCCUUUGAAUAGAUAGAGUUGUAUUAUGGAUACUUCAUGUUAGUCAUGUGUUUUCAACUUCAGAAUGUACUUCUAUUGUUUAAUGAACCAACUAUGAACUACAUGUAACAGUUGUUUGAAAGUGAUUGUA